AUUUAUUAAGGAUUCAAAAUGACUGCCAACUCCAUGGACGAUGCCGCUGUGACCAAUUUACAAAAUUAUCUUCGCAUCCGAAGUGUUCAUCCUAAUAUUAAUUACGAUGAGUGCUUGGUGCACCUCCGAGGGCAAGCCAAUGAGCUUGGGCUGUCAGUGCAAGAAUUUGAGCCGGUGCCCAAGAAGCCUAUUCUGGUGAUGACAUGGGAAGGACAAGAGCCUACUUUGCCAAGUAUCCUACUUAAUUCCCAUAUGGACGUUGUGCCCGUCUUUGAGAAAAGCUGGAAACAUCCGCCAUUCGCAGCGGAGAUCGAAGAUGGCGUAAUCUAUGGGCGCGGCGUGCAGGACAUGAAGUCAGUGGGAGUGCAGUUCAUAGAGGCUAUUCGUCGCCUUAAGAAUCAGGGUAUCAGAUUGAAGAGGACUGUGCAUCUAUCUUUUGUUCCUGAUGAGGAAGUAGGCGGCCGCCAAGGCAUGGGCGAGUUUGUAAAGACCGAUGGAUUCAAGAAGCUGAAUGUUGGCUUCGCUUUGGAUGAAGGGCACGCUAGUACUACAGAGGAGUACCUCGUCUUCAAUGGAGAGAGAUCGAUUUGGCACGUUAACGUAAUCUGCCCGGGCAAAUCUGGACAUGGGUCUCUGUUGCUACCAGAUAACUGCGGCGAAAAGGUACGAUACAUAAUCGACAAGUUCAUGGACCUUCGUCAGGAGUCGAAGAAGAAGCUGGAGAACGACCCAGCGCUCACAAUCGGUGACGUCACAACCGUUAACUUAACUAUGCUCUCAGGUGGUAUUCAGAGCAACGUGGUACCGGAGAAGUUUACAGCCACCUUUGAUCUGCGAUUGGCUUUGUCUGUCGACCACAAGGAGUUUGAGGAUAUGAUAAAGCGCUGGUGCAGUGAAGCAGGCGACAAUGUGACUUACACCUUUGACCAAAAGGAGCACUACGUGCCGCUAACUCCGCUGGAUGCUACUAACCCCUACUGGCUUGCUUUCAAGUCGGCUACAGACGACUUGAAACUUUCAAUAAAAAUUCUCACAUUCCCCGGAGGUACCGAUAGUCGCUACGUCAGAGAUAUGGGCAUCUUCGCUCUUGGCUUCACACCCAUUACCCUCACCGAACCUGAACUACAUCAGCACAAUGAGAGUCUUAAAAUCGACGUCUUCUUAAAAGGCAUAUCUACUUUCGAGAAGAUCAUACACGCUGUAGCUAAUGUGUGAAUGUUAUAUUGCU